AUGGACUCUAAAUGGACAGCAGAACGAGAUGCCGAAGCUGUUAAAAUUUUAACUGAUGAUGCUUCUAUAAAUAAAGAUAGGCGGUAUUAUCACGUCCGUGAGAAAUUUGAUUUGAUCGAGGUAGCUGGCGUCCGACGUGUGCGACGGAAACGCGAUCAACGUAUUAUGGCAGUAGUCGACAGUUUCCAUAGUAUUAUCCGUGAUAUGCAUGUGGCCAGUGGACAUAAAGGUGAGACAAAAACACACAAAAAAAUAAUGAAGCAUUACUCUAAUAUUACUAUGGCUGAUGUAAAAGCUUAUAUUGCUAAUUGUGAAAGGUGUGUGGAAAAAUCAAAAAAAAAAAGUACGCGAGGUGUUGUUGUGCGGCCUAUUUUAGCUUCUUCUUUAAAUGAACGUGGGCAAGUGGACCUUGUUGACUUUCAAAGUUUACCUGACGGUGAUUUUAAAUUUAUUCUUCAUUACAAAGAACACUUGACAAAGUUUUCAUUUUUCCGGCCUCUGAAAUGCAAAAAGGCUUCGGAAGUGGCGAAAGAACUGUUACACAUAUUUUUGACGUUUGGUGCACCUCACGUUCUACAGUCCGAUAGUGGUCGCGAAUUCACUGCCGGUGUUAUAAAAGAAUUAGCGUUAUUAUGGCCAGAUUUAAUAUUAGUAAAUGGUCGGCCACGUUAUCCACAAAGCCAAGGAUCUGUAGAAAGAGGUAAUUGUACACUGAAGGAUUCGCUGGUGGCGUGGAUGCGAGAUAACAAAACUGCCGCAUGGAGUUACGGCCUCGCCGUUGUACAAUGGGGCGUUAAUACCACAUACCACGAAGCUAUAAAGAUGACUCCAUAUGAAUCAGUCUUUGGUCAAAAAGCACGAAUGGGACUGGCAACAAAAGUACCUCGUGAAUUGUUGGAACAUAUAAUGACAGGAACGCUAGAAGAAGAAAUGUUAGACAUGCUUUUGGAUCCAUUGACUACUCCCACCAAUCCGGAAUAUCGAAACGAUGAGGACCUACGAGUACUCAAUACUGAAACAAUAGAUUUAGAGGGUACGCAGGAUACAAAUGAAUUAUUAGAAGAUACUACUGCGCAGAAACUUGAUAACUUAAUAAAGACCACACGAAACAUUUUGGAUAUUGAAAGUGACACCGACGAAAAUAUUGAAGAGGUAGUUUCCGAUCAUCCUGCUGUAGCACGACGCAAAAUUGCUGCACAGAAUUUAAAAUGCCAAGCGGAUAGGAUGGUAACGAGAGGCAAAGGCAUUCUCCCUCGCUUAAAAGUUGGCGACAAUGUUCUGGUGUCAAUCCCGUCGGUAGAUCGAGGGCGAGGAGAUGCCGCCAACCUUCUUUCGGUUGUAAUGGAAGAAAAAAAUGGUAAAUUUCGUAUAGCAACCAAAGAAGGAACUCUAAACACAUGGCUGGAGCGGAACAGUUUGGCUGCUACGAAGAUCAGUUGGGACUGGACAAGGAUAUCGACGUUGUACCUGCCGUACGAAUUGCACAUCAAAAAAGUGCACAUGUAG